AUGCAGAUCGCUGUGCAACCGCCCUCCAAGACGGUCUACCAGCGCAUCCUCAAGCCCUUCCCCUCCGUCUACCUAAUCCUGCCGCCGCUUCACACCAACGUGAGCGGAGACCCGCUGAGCCUGCUGUACGAAGCGCUUAGCGCCAAGAGCCAUGAGGAGGGCGUGUUCGUGGAGGCCAGUGUUGUGCGCAACGACAACGGCGAUCCGCUCGACCGCGCCAUUGACGGCCAGGCCACCGCGCGACUGGAGAGGAGCGGGUGGAACUCGGGGGUGUACACGGCGACCUUCAAGAAGCUCAAGCUCCUCACAACCUCGCAGCAGCGUUCUGGCUCCAAGUUCAGCCUGUGCUUCCGCCUCAAGUGCAGCUCGCUGGCUCUCGGGUCGCUGGCCGACAUGGUCGUGAUCUCGAACCCCAUCGAGGUCUUCUCGCACUCCCAGUAUCUGGGCAAGUCCGAUGGCACGUCUCUCCUUCCCUCAUAG